AGGACCCUGGCAUUGUCUACCACUGUCACAGAGGCAACUACAACUACAACGACAGUUGCACAUAGCAGCACGCAAACAAGCACCACUUUGCGCAUGGAAAGACUGCUUCCCGCAGAUACACAGGCAAUGGCAUCCUCCAGCGCAGUGAUGCUGGACCAGAUGAAAUUAACGCAGCAGGCCACCAUAGACCAGCAGCAGUCUUUUGAUUCACAGACGUCCAGUGGGCCUGUGUUUGGUGUGAAGUUGGAUGCUGUCCCAGAUGAUCCUGUGGUCUUAAGAAACAGCAAUGCUAGCAAUACGUCGCCGCUCAUUGUGUCCUUUCCUGCGCAUUGCGAUGACACAGGCAGUGCUGCAGCCUGGCUGGUUGCCAGUGAGAUCGCUGAUGCGCUGAGCAAUCGACUGCCGACCCAAGCAGUUGGAGAGACUGUGCCGGCCGAGUACAGAUCAAAAGUUGUAGAUGUGUCUGUGCUGAAGGAAAUGCAAGGUUCAAUCUCGGUCGCUGAAAUAAAUUGCGGCAGUCCGAUCGCAAUCCGCUUGUCCGCUUCAAAACCAAGUGCUGGUGAUCGCUGCCUGUGGUUUGAUUUUGCGCAGCAGAAAUGGUCGCAAGCAGGUACGGAAGUGCUUGAAGAAUUGGAGCUGAGAGUGAUGUACCCCGACACCGAUUUGCCAUGGGAUGGGACUUGGUGCCGGACCACACACCUGUCUACCUUCGUGCUCGCUGCUGCGCCUGGAGUGGAUGUGCUGAUGAUUGUCUUGAUUUCGAUCGGCCCUAUCAUUGUAUUUGCCACAAUGGUUUUGACCUGUUGCAUAGUGCGUCGCAAGAGGAAGCAAAGACAGGAGAGAGAGGAGAAAGAAGCCUUCUUAAGAGUUGAGGGGGAGUCCUAUGACCGAUAUCGCCACAGUAUGUUUGCAAUUGUUCGGACAGCAGUGGAUGAUGGUGCGAAAGGAGUGUUGAUUCUUGGAAUGAAGUCGGCCAUCCAUGAGAAGCCAGCAAGGUGGAAAUUAUUGCAGGAAGACCUGUACAAGGCGCACUUGAAGAAAAAAGCUCCUUUUGUGGACUUCGGUGAGCGGCUGAUCGAUUUCAGCAAUAUACAGUUCCAGCAAGUGACGAAGGAGGCUUUGAGUGAAACCUUGGCCCAUGAAACUGCCGGACGGACCUUUGCCAUUGUCGCCAUGUGUUUGGAAGCGGAUACUGGCUAUGUAGAACAUGACGUCAGGCACCACAACAAAAUCAAAAAAGACACUCAAGGGACUGCCAAGCGCAUCCUCCCUUUCUUUCACAAAGCAAAGCAGCAGCGUUCAAAACUGGCUGGCUUGCAGGUAGAAAUGCCGAAGAACACCGGAGUACGUGCCCAUACGUGGUUUUCCUUCUACAGAGACACCGUAUUGGACAUAAUCAUGACAUGCAUCGACGAGGGAGCCACAGGAUUGACCAUUUUCGGGAUCCAGCCCCACAUUGGGGGAGAAAAUACAUAUCUUGAAUGGCCAGCUCUUGAGGAAGAUGUGACCCACGCCUACAACCACCGGCUUUACCCCUUUGACAGCACAGCCGUACCAGAUCCAACCUUCAAGCGUGUGAAGCCUGAAGAUUUAAGAACCAGGAUCAAAGCUGAAACUCGCAGAGGGGCCUUCGUCAUUAUUGCUUCUUGCUCGGAUCACCACGCCCCGUAUGCAAAGCAGAUUAUCCGAGAGUUCAAUGCGAGCUCGGGGCAAUGUGGCAAGGCGAUGAGAGCUUGGGCCACCGCCAAUGAUAUGUACCAAACCAAAGGAGAGCAAGCAGCAGAACAAGAUCAUGGCCAUGGCCAUCAUUCGAAUCAGCCCUCCAAUCAGGGCCCAACCGCCACGGUUCCCGAGGAGGAAUCAUUCGUCGUGAAAGAACAGCCAGACGGACGCAGCAAAUGCGUUGAAGACCGGAUUGCAUUGGGUGAGGAUGGUGAGGUGGACAAGGACACCUGGAACGUGCUUCACGACGCGAACGAAGAGGACUCGGACCCGGACGCGUUUAGAAUCUGAUGAAAUCGUUUGAAAUUGUGCUCUUUAACCACCAUUGGUGAGAUUGGUGCAGGUUGAUGGGAAAAUGCACAAAUGUGUGUAU